UUUUUAUUUUUAUUUUUUUUUUUUUUUUUUGACAGCCAUCCAAGAUCUAAUCUUGACAUCUCUCCAUUCACUUUACCACUUUCCUCAUUACCACCGUCACCAACAGCAGCAGCACCAGCAGCACCAGCAGCAGCAGCACCAGCAUUCGUAGCAAACAUGUUAUACAUUGUCGGUCUCGGUCUUUAUAACGAAAAAGAUAUCACAGUCGCCGGUUUGGAAGCCGUAAAGAAGUCCGAGCGUGUUUACCUGGAAGCCUAUACUUCCAUCUUAUCCGUCGGCAAGGAAAAAUUAGAGGACUUUUAUGGAAAGGACAAUAUCAUUAUUGCCGACCGCGAAAUGGUUGAAUCAGACAGUGAUGCCAUUUUAAAAGAUGCUGAUAAGAUUGACGUAUCCUUCUUAGUCGUCGGUGAUCCCUAUGGCGCCACAACGCAUACAGAUCUUAUUAUCCGUGCUCGUGAAAUGGGCAUUCCUAUCAAAGUCAUUCAUAAUGCUUCUAUCUUGAAUGCUGUGGGCGCUUGUGGUUUACAACUCUAUAACUUUGGUCAAACUAUUUCCAUUGUGUUCUUUACAGAGACAUGGCGUCCCGAUAGUUUUUAUGAUCGUAUCAAGGAAAACCACCAAUUCGGUCUUCAUACUUUAUGUCUAUUGGACAUCAAGGUCAAAGAGCAAAGUAUAGAAAAUAUGGCAAGAGGACGAUUGAUCUACGAACCACCUCGCUAUAUGACAGUCAAUCAAGCAGUAGAACAGCUUUUAGAAAUUGAAGAAAAGCGUCAAGAAGGCAUUUGUAAGCCUGAUUCUUUAGCUAUCGGCUGUGCUCGUAUCGGCCAAGAUACCCAAAAGAUAGUCGCUGGUACUUUGGAAGAAUUGGUGGACGUUGAUUUUGGUGGGCCUCUCCACUCUCUUGUUUUGAUUGGCUCCCGUAUGCAUGAAAUGGAAGCUGAAUAUGUUGAGGAUUUCGCCUGUAAUAAGGAAACUUUUGAAGCUAUUGUGAAGCGUGAUUACGUUCAUUAAGAGUUUUUUUUUUUAAAAAAAAAAGAAAAAAAAAAACGACAAGAAAAGUCAGCCAAAAAAGCAAACAAACUGUAUAUAGACUGUAAUAAAAAAUUCUACCAU